UUUUAUGGACAAUUUGGCGUCUUAGGGCAUCGUCGCGCUCCGGAAUUUCGCCUCAGCGUUUUGUCCAGUUCAAACGUAGAGGAGUGAUUUGUUUUAGGAGGCCGGGUUAGCGGACUGGGCCGAGUGUGAAACCCCUCACCAGCUCCCCCAGGUUGCUAUUGUCUUGAAAACAAAGUGGCUAGCAGCAGCUAGCAUCGUUAGCAUCAGCUGUGUUGUCAGCUGGGGGGGGGGGGAGACUGGACCUUGUCCGCCGUUCCUUGUUUUGUUUGCACGGACCUGGUGGUGGUGGCGCGGACGUAUUUGUCAUCAGCGCAGCUGGAUGUUUGUCGGGUUUUUUAAGGGGGGGGGACUGCUCGGACUGCUGCACCGUCAGUAGAGACGGAAAUCUGCUCGGUGAUCCCGGUUCAUAGAGGAACCCCCUCUGAGCACGCUGCUGCUACAAUCUGACGAGUAGCUCGCUAGGUGGACUAAACGUGGCUUCACAUUUCGGUCUCUUCCACUGUGGACCCGGAACAAGGGCGAGAGCACCGUGUGAGAGUGGUGGUUUUCCCUCAGUUGUGUCUUCCAGGCUUGGACACUGAGUGGGUGGGUCAGUGUGUGUGUGUGUGGUAGAAGUUUGUAUGGAUGGGGCUUGACUGCAUGCACAUUUAGGACCCCGGCCUGAUGGAGAAGAGAGACAGAAAGCCGGGAUACUUUGCCAGGCUGAAGAGGCGGCGACAGCCCAAGCAGAGCCAGUCGGACAAGAAUGUGAACGAGCAGAGCCCGGCGAUCAUCUCCUGUCCAGACGUCCCAACCGACGCUGACCCCAACAAGAAGACAGACCCACAGCGGACGACGACGACGAAACCGCCCACAGGCUCGGACGAUGGCUGUAAGAGCAGCAAUCAGACCAAGAGGGAGAAGAGGCGACCACCAGGCACAGUGGAGUUCAUUGUGGGACCUCAUGAUUCGCUCAACAGCAUCGCCCUCAAGUUCAACGUCACCCCAAACAAACUGGUCCAGCUGAACAAGCUGUUUUCCCUCAGCGUCUACCCCGGACAGAAGCUGUUUGUCCCCGAUGUGAGCCAGUCAGACGCAGACUCAAAGCCUCCGAGUUCCUCCAGUCCCAAACUCUCACACGGCCUGUCUGAGAAACCGUCACGUGAUGGCAUUUCAAACAGCAGGUCAGCAAAGUCCAUCCGGCGUGAGUUCUCCCCAAACUCGGAGGACGAGAGCCCGUCAACGGUGAAAUUCAUCAAGAUGAGCUGCAAAUACUUCACCGACGGCAUGGGAGUGGUGGGCGGCGUGCUGAUUGUGACGCCCAACAACAUCAUGUUCGACCCGCACAAGUCGGACCCGCUGGUGAUCGAGCACGGCUGCGAGGAGUAUGGCCUCAUCUGCCCCAUGGAGGAGGUCGUCUCUGUCGCGCUGUACAACGACGUGUCGCGCAUGAAGCUCAAAGACGCCCCGCCAUCAGACCGACCCGAGGAUCUGUGUCCUGUGUACAGGCCAGGUGAGUGGGAGCAGCUGCCAUCGGAGCGGGACCUGAACCCUUUCAGCCGCUACGAAGCUCUGGAUUCAAAGCGACCCAUCGUCUUGGAUGACAUUGAAUCAACUGUGAGCACAGAGGGAGAUCAGACCGACAAAUCUCCGUCAGACGAAGGAUUCACAGAGUUGGAGCCUACUGUCAACGUGAGCACUGAAGAAACAGAGGGAUCGUCCUCUAGAACACCCAGCAGGGACCGACAGACUGUCCCAGUCGCCAAGUCGACGCUCGAUCAAACUAAAGGGAAGCUUAAUGACGAUGAGGAAGAUGAGGGUGUAGCUCAGAACAGCUCCCUCGAGGACGGAGAGUCGAUGCAAUCCUCCUCACAGACUGAAAAACCGGGCAACUCGCACGACAAACCUACAAGCCGAGAGGUAACCAAAGAUAUCGAACCCAAAGGGACAGAGGAGCUGCUGAACGGUGCAGACGAUAAAACACUCAGUCUGCCGGAGGCUGUAGAGGUUCUUUGUAGCUCUAGUCUGAAGUGCCAAAGCCCAGAGCUACCGGCAGAGGGGGACGAGCUCAGCGAGGAGGAGAGACGGAAGAAAAGCUAUGAAGCAGAGGUGAAGUCGUGGCUGAUGGAGAGGAUGCAGGCUCCAAUAGAAGACAUGCUUUUUUCAUCAGAGGAGAGGAGUAAAAACCCUCCGAUGUUCCUCUGUUUCAAAGUGGGAAAGCCCAUGAGGAAGUCCUUUGCUACUGGGAUGACCUCCAGUCCUGCCCACACCUUCGGGAGCCGUGGGAAGCAGCCAGAGUACUGGUUCGCCGUGCCACAAGAAAGGGUGGACCACCUGUAUGCAUUUUUUGUGCAGUGGUCUCCGGAUGUGUACGGGAAGGAGGCUCGAGAGCAGGGCUUCGUCGUGGUGGAGAAAGACGAGCUGGACAUGAUCGAUAACUUCUUCAGUGACCCUGCAUCCUGCAGCUGGGAGAUCAUCACCGUUGAUGAGGCGAAGCGCAGGCAGAGCUUUGGCAGCUAUGACGGAGACCUGUCUGUGGACACACUGCCCAUACUCAGUGAUACCAGUGACCUGCUGCAGGACACACACAUUGAGAAGCUUGCCUGUCGCCUGCCAGCCCGUGUGCAGGGCUACCCCUGGGGCCUGGCCUACAGCACCGUGAAACACGGGACCAGCCUCAAAACUCUGUACAGAAACCUGGCAACGGUGGACAGUCCUGUGCUGCUGGUCAUCAAAGACAUUGACAAUCAGAUGUUCGGGGCGUUUUCGACUCACCCCUUCAGAGUUAGCGAACACUGCUACGGCACAGGAGAGACGUUCCUCUACAGCUUCUGUCCUGAAAUCAAGGUGUACCGCUGGACGGGGGAGAAUUCUUACUUUGUGAAAGGCAAUACAGAUUCUCUGCAGAUGGGAGGAGGAGGGGGUCAGCUGGGCCUGUGGCUGGAUGCUGAGCUGUACCGAGGCGCCUCCACCAAAUGCGCCACCUUCAACAACCAGCCGCUCGCAGCCCGGCAGGACUUCAUCAUCCACAGUCUGGAGGUCUGGUCGUUCGAGUAGCCUCACUUGCUCUGUUCCACUAACGACAACAUUCACGCUCUGCUCUGCUCCGCUCCACGACCUCAAACCUCCAGACACCCACCAAGUCAAUCAUGUGCCACUUGGAGGCGAACCUAGCUACCCCACAGUUACACUAAAUAUUCUGCGAGAGAGGACAAGAAGCUGCCUGUGGAGUUCUCAUGUUGACUGAAAAGCUGUUCAGAAACGUUAAAGUCGUGCGACGCCUGUUUUGACACGGGUUUGACCUGCACGGUAUGUCAGCCAUUUUAUGUCGAAUUCAUCCUCCCCUCAAAGGUGGAAGUGUGUGAAAAAAUGCCGUGGUCUCACUCCAUCGGCUGCCUUAGACAUGCGACCACGGCCCCAGCUUUCCCAGCAUGCCGACUGCCUUUACCAACCUGAGCUUAUGAGGAGGGAGGGAAGAAAAGAAGGCUGCUGGUGAGGAUAAAAAGAGCUGAUUUGUAGUGUGUGUGAAAGAAUAAAAUAUUCCAUAUUACUGUAGUAUAAUGCAGAAAUACUGGUUGACACGUUUUAAUGUUUGGGAAUGUACAGGAUUAAGUACUGAAGACGGAAUAGUCUGUCCUUUAAUUUUUUUAUUUUUUUUUUAAACAACAAAAUGAACUUGAAACUUGAAGAAAAAUGGAAAAUGCCAGGAAGGAUUUUAGAUCCUCCACGAUAAAGUUAACUUUUAAUACGCGAAAUGCAGCAAUUGUUUACAAAGGAAGUGUUCAGUUUUAGCUGAACCGAACGAGCAUUGCAUUUUCUCAUUUCAUUAUACAAAGUUUUUGUUCCCCAGUAAAAUUCCAAAAGCAGCGAUAAAGCCAGGACCGUUUGUGAUGACCAAAUAUGUUCUAAGUUUAUUUCGUGUUUGUCAGUUAGUCAUAUUUUAUAAAAGAUUUUAGAUUUUAUUUUUACAUUCUGUCUUUAUGAAUGUUUUUUUUAAUGGUUCUUCUUUUUAAAAAAAUGUAUUCUUUAAACAUUUCUGUUUCUGAUUGGACCCAACAAGCACUAGAAACGCCUCUUUGUCAGCAUUGAAUUCAUGUCUCAUGCUGAUCUUUUUUUUUUUGUUUUCCAUUUGUGGUCAUUGUUGAGAGUUGCUGCCAGUAGAGUUUUAAUAUGAUGUGACUUUGCACUACAGGAUUCAUUAAUUGAAAUGUAAUCAUUCAUUUCUCCAAUGUAAAAUUUGUUAUUGAAUGUUGUUUAAUCAUCACUAUGGGAGGGAUGCUGCCUCACCACAGGUCAGCCUCUGCUUUACACAGAAUUGGGUGGAAAAGGGAUCAUCUGUUUUUGCACUCUAAUAUGCCACUAACUAAAAAUUCAUAUCUACUAACACGGAAAAAGAAAUGUAUCCUAUGUAGCUGAGACGGGCUUGUAGUGCAUGAAUAUGGAAUACUGAAGAUGUCUGACACCAUCGUUACAAUAGUCUACCGGCCGUACUAUUCACUAACGCCAACUAUCUCAUCAUGUGAAAAUGAGCUCUAUUGCCUGUAGCCUGUUCAGUGUUGUUACUGUGAAUGCUCUCAAGUAUUAUUUCUUAUGAAUCCAAAACUGCUGUGUACUGUGACAUCACUAAGGAUGUAUUUAUUGUGUUGUUAUGGCACCCACAUUUAAACUUAAAUAAAUGUUAUAUAAACACA